AUGUAUAUCGGAUAUCGCUUUGCUAUCUUCGCUCAGGCACUCGCCACUCUGCUGCCCGCGUACGGUGCUUCUUUCCCUGAGCUAUACAGCGCCCUCGCUGCCGUGGAGAAAGAAUUAGCAUCCGCCAAGGAUGCAGUCUCGGUUUUCUCCCUUCCAGGCGCUCAGACUGCUGACCAGGCUGGGACCAUCGAUGAUAGCCUCACCCACCUCGCGGAGGCCAUCCUGCACGCUUCACAGUCCAUCCCCGGUGGUUUAUCGACGCGCGAAGAGGGAAAUGAUGUCAUGUCCUUUGUGAAUGACUACAAACCGAUUGUAGAGACAGCCUUGACUUCCCUCUCUUCACAGAAGGCAGAGCUCGAGGCGCUGGGAUAUGGCGGUCAAAUGAUCCAUGACCUUGACAUUUUGGCCAAUUCAGUCGAAGAUUUGGGGAAAGGCUUGGUGUCUUAUCUUCCCGGCACUAUGCGACCAUCGCUGGUCAAAUCGGGACAAGAACUUGCAUUUUACUUCCGUUCGACUAGGAAGACCUUCGCAGAGUAA